AUGGAGACUCCAUCACCAAGAUUUCUUCCUUUACAAGUCGUGAUUGAAAGGAAAGAUGGCGCUCUGGUAAUGAAAAGUUGCGUCUACCUUGUCGAGGGGACCCGAUUUUGUCGAAAGAAAUUGGCUGAAACGAGCCACAAGGAAGCCCUACGGAUUUGCUCGAGCGUCUUGGCUGAAACAUCUGAAUCUGGGAUUCAGAGUCCUGAUUUUCUACAGACGCUCCACAGCUUGGCCAAAAGUCGGCUAUGCAGUAGCCAUGGCAAGCUUGUGGCAUCGGCACUCCUGCAAUGGCAUGAAGAGUGGAAGCGCGACAGACCUGCAGCAGAUGUGACGCACAAUCUAGAAAGGACCGGCCGUCUUGCACGUCUAGUUUUUACAGACGAUGCAAAUUCGAGCCCUUGUGAACGAGACAAGGAUGAAGUUGUUCUGAAAACAAUUGAAUUGGUUCCCAGUGACCAUGAAUUGUCAGAGUCUAGCUCUGUCGAGCUUGACGAGGAUGCGAUCACGGUUGCCAGCUCAGCUCUUGGCAGUCCAAACAGCACCUUUGAUAUGGAUUCAUUGCCAAUCGAAUGCGUCCCGUGCACCAAUCUUCUGGAACUUGAUCAAGUCUCCACUUGGGUAGCAGCGGUUCUCGGGAAACCCCUCCAAGAAAAGGCCAAGAAACUUGGCUGGAUUUAUGUCAUCGGUUUACCCAUUCUGGGGGAAGGAAUGUACAAGGUGGGAUGCACCGAAAACGAGGACCCCCGUACGACUCGAUACAAAGAUCACAAGAAGUGUUAUGGAGAAUAUCAAGAGAUUUUCCGGGCACCGAUACAAAAUGCCCAACGGGUUGAAAAGGUUCUGCUGGCAGAGUUCCGAAACGAACAUCACAUGUUGAAGAACCCAUGUGGAUGCGGUGAUACCCGCCACCAAGAAUUGCUGAAAACAGAUGGGGGGAUCCUCCACGAAAGGGUAAAGGCAUGGGUGAAAUUCUUCGCCGAGAAUCCGUAUGAUAAAAACUCUUCAAAGCUCAGAGGAGACAUGAUUGAUCAAAUUCCGCUUGCCGGAGUGAAAGCCUAUUUUGAUCGCAAACCAGCUUCAUUGUUCCACAAGAAAAUCAACAAAACCCCCAAGUCUACUACCCCCAAAGCUCAGGGCUCGACGCAGCGGCUCUCAGGCGACUCCCCUCCAGCGUUGGAUCUGACCAAAUCGUCAUCAAGCGCCAGUUUUGGCACUCCCAGCGGCGAGACUUCUGACGAGACUGGACGGAUAUCAAACGAUACCCAGCUGAGCCCGUCCCCGACUCCAUCAAAGAAUCGUCGAGGCAGUUCGAGGGUCCAAAACUUGAAAUCCGAAGAUUCCAUCGAGGAUAAAAUUGCCAAAAUGUCAUCUUCACUCCGAAAGACCCGUCUAAGCUCAACCUCCUCCUCCUCCUUCACCACCUGA